AUGGUCUUCAUCCACGGGGGAUCUUACAUGGAAGGAACUGGGAACAUGUUUGAUGGAAGUAUACUGGCCAGUUACGGAAACGUCAUCGUCAUCACCGUCAACUACAGACUGGGCGUCCUAGACUUGCUCAUCUCGUCUUAUCGCUCUAAUUCCCAUCUCCCCCUGUUCCUGAUGUUGGGUUGUCACUCCACACCCACAGGGCACCUCUAUAUUGGAAACCGAGACUUGCGUUUAUAA